CUGCAGCAAGGCAAGUUGGAGUACGGCAGUUGUCAUCGGGGACCACAGGUGGACACAGCAACAUCCACAGCGGCACCAGCUCGUCAUCAUGUUGCUCAUCCUUGUAGCAUGCCUGCCCGCCGUCAUUUUGGCGGCACCCCAGCAGCCUGACGGUCCGCCACCCUCGGCGUACAAGUGCCCGGAGCCGAACGGCGUGUUCCCUGACCCCUUCCAGUGCGACCUCUACUACAAGUGCACCAAGGGCGUGGCCGAGGAGAAGCUGUGCCCCGACGGGCUCGUGUUCGACGACGAGAAGACGAGCCACGAGCGCUGCGACAACCCGGCCAACGUAGAGUGCGGCGAGAGGCGCGAGCUCCAGGAGCCCAAAGGCAACAAAGAGUGCCCCCGGGCCAACGGGUACUUCCGGCACUCCGACCCGACCGCCUGCGACAAGUUCGUCAACUGCGUGGAGGGCGUGGCCCACGUGAUGCCCUGCCCGCCGGGCCUCAUCUACGACGACAGCCGCGGCACCUGCAGCUGGCCCCACGAGACCAAACGCGAGUGCGGCGUCGCCAAGAGGGAUGUACUCGAGGACGGAUUCUCCUGCCCUGAAGGGGAAGUCAUGGGACCCACCGGCAGGCCACUGCCCCACCCCACCUUCCCGCACGCCGACGACUGCCAGAAGUUCUACAUCUGCAGAAACGGCGUUGUUCCCCAGCCGGGUUCUUGCCCUUACGGCGAGGUCUACAACGAGGAGACCUUCAAGUGCGACGAGCCCGGCAACGUCCAGGGAUGCGAAAAAUGGUACGAGAACGGCAACGCUAAGCCACCACCACCAGCAACCGAGGUGUAGAUGCACGAGCAAGAGAAGAAUUGAAAAACAGGUGGAAUUAGCAUAAGAUUAGGAUAACGCAUUAGACUGAUAUAGGUCAUAGGCAAAGAUCGUGCAAAGGACGUUGAAAUAAUGUGCUAAAAUGACGCAUACCUAUACCAUAGAUAAGGCAUUCAUUGUAAAAUCAACGACAUUCACCUCAUACAGCAUAUCUAUAGGCGUUUUAAUUGAUGUAUUGGAGUUUCAAGCAUUACUGUGAUGUUAAAAUACUUGUCAUACAGGAAUAAUUUUGCAUUUAGCUGAAGAGAAUUGAAAUGUUUAGUUUGAUGACCACUCCUUAGAUUAGCAUUAUAGCAGAAUUUCGAUCACAUUCAAUAAUUUAUGUACAAAAACGUGUAUAGGGUAAGUUUUUUACUUUAAUAAAUGUUUUAUUACUGUUAAAA